AUGAACGACCAGGACUCCUUCGAGGUCAGCGACUCGACCGACUGGCUUUCGACGCCGCUCUCGGGCCUCACAGCCGUCGAGUCCGCCCUCCGGUGUCAGGUCUGCAAGGACUUCUACAAGACGCCCAUGCUGACGUCCUGCAACCACACUUUCUGCUCGCUGUGCAUCCGUCGUGCCCUGUCUAACGACGGCAAAUGCCCGCUUUGCCGCGCGAACGAGCAGGAGAUGAAGCUGAGGAGCAACUGGUCCAUGGAAGAGGUGGUGGGCGCGUUCGUGAAGACGAGACCGGCCGUCCUAGACCACGCGCGCAAACCGCCGACAGUAGUGGUGCAAAGCGUCGAGUCUCCCAAGCGCAGACUGGACGCAGACGCAGACGGAGCACAAGAGCCCAGAGAGUCGAAGCGCUUGAGGAGCUCGACACGGCUAAGCGCAUCCAGAGGAGCUGCGGCGACGGCCGAGAUGGCCAGACUCGAGGCCGACAUAGCGGUGCCUGCUGACCCAGAGCAAGAGAUGGACUAUGACGACGGUCUGGUCGCUUGUCCGAUAUGCCUGAUGCGAAUGAGGGAGGCUCAGGUCGACGGCCACAUAGACAAAUCGUGUCCGGGCUCGCCCGUACCGGAGUCGCAACGUCGCCCCCGUUCUACUCCUAGAAAUACAGCUGCCGGCCACAACGGCUUCCAGGCGUCCUCGUCCGCCUCUUUAUCAUCAAUGCAAACCCCUUUAAAGAGACCCGAUCGCCUUCCUGCUAUGAACUAUUCCAUGCUCAAGGAACCGCAACUGCGGAAGAAGCUCGCGGAGCUGGGGGUGUCGACCGCUGGAGACAGACGGAUGCUCGAGAGGCGGCACAAGGAGUGGAUGACGAUAUGGAACGCCAAUUGCGACUCAUUACAUCCGCGGAAGAAGGGCGAGCUGCUUCAUGAUCUAGACGUGUGGGAGAAGACCCUCGGCACACGCGCACCCCAGAGCUCCCGGUCCAUUAACCUGGGAACGCACAUCAAGGAUAAGGACUUUGAUCAGCAGGCUUGGUCGACGAAGCAUGAUGCCUCCUUCAAGGAUCUCAUUGCCAACGCGAGGAGGAACGUGGCCGAUGCCAAGAAGAAGGCAAAGGCUGACAGCGCAACAUCGACGGACGCAGCGACGUCCAACCCCGAUAGCGAGAUAGUCACGCCGAAUGUAUCUCAUCCAACACCGGCGCCGCCGCACACGACGGUGGUUGAAGAUGCACCUUACGUGGACGGGAUACGGUCUCCUGACGUCCUUGGCCGGCUGGAGGAGUCUGGUACGGGAUAUCUUCAUGAUAGUGACAACAACGGCGACGAUAAUAGUGGCGGUCCGUUUCCUCAACCACCUUUCGUCUAUCCGCCUUGA